AAUCAGUGUUUAUAUCUAAACAGUCAGCAAUUGGUACUUACCUUUUGGGAAUUCGAUGAAUUAAGCCGAAUGCGCAAAAUUUAGUAUUGAAUUUGAAUGAAGUUAGUUCAGUCUUUACGGUGCUUUCAUGCAAGACAUCUGAAACAGUGAAAAGUUCUCUAAGAAAGUUAUUCUAAGGUAAAGUGUUUAGUGCUGUUUUUCAAAGUAAAAUGACCGCAAACGGAGAUGCUAGUGACGAUAGUAAGAAAUCAAAUGGAGUCGACUCCGGAAUGCAGCUGAUAACUGAGGAGAUUUUCCAUGAUAUCCUCGAGAAGCAGUUUGGAAAAUGCACCAUCAAAAAGUUCACCGUAGCGCCCAGCUCAAGCGCUGGUGAAAAUUAUCUGUGUUACAUGUACCGUGUUACCAUUGAAGUCGAAAAAGAAGAUGAAACUAAAGAUACAGUUAGAUACAUUAUUAAAAUGAUGCCACCCAAUGAUCCAAGUGCCGAAAUGAAAAAAACUAUGGGCAUUUUUCCAAAAGAGGUUGAAAUGUAUCAGAAAGUUGUGCCCCAACUAGAGGAAGUUUUCCUGGAGCAUGGUAUUACGACUACCUUCGCUCCAAAGUGUUGGAAGGUAACAGAUGAUCCUGAAAUGUUAAUUAUGGAGGAUUUGGGAGCAAGAAAAUUCGCCAAUAUGAACCGUCUCAACGGAAUGGAUAUGCAACAUGCCAAAAUGGUUAUAUCAAAAUUGGCACAGUUUCAUGCCGCCUCGGUUUGUAUUUUAGAGAAAAAUGGUUCAUUCUCAAACCGAAUAAUGGCUUCAAUGUAUAAUGAAGCGUACUCCAAAAAAAUGCUACCCAUCAUGUGGGGGAAUAUUAUAAAGAAUUUACGAUUGUGGAAGACUUGUCAAGAGUAUGUGGAUAAGAUUGAAGGAAUAAAAGACAGAAUCGCGGACCUCCAGAAGAUAGUAUAUGAUCCAAACCCAGAUGAAUUCAAUGUCGUUUUACAUGGAGAUUUAUGGGUCAACAAUAUAAUGUUCCAACAUGAUGAGAAUGGACAACCCAAAGACAUUUUGUUUGUCGAUCUUCAGCUAUCAAGAUAUGGUUCUCCAGUGAACGAUCUAAUAUAUUUCAUUUUCUCUUCCACUGAAUAUUCAAUUAAAGUCAAGGAAUUUGAUUAUAUGAUCAAAUAUUACCACCGGGAAUUGGUGAAAAAUUUGAAACUGCUCAAAUAUUCUAAGGCCCCACCCACGCUUAUGGAUCUGCAUAUUGCGGUUUUGAAAAAAUCCUUCCUUGGCAUUUUUGUUAGCUGCGGCGUCAUGCCCAUCGCACUUCUCGACCCCAAUGAGGACGCUAGUAUUGAGAAUUUCCUGAGUGACAAUGAGGCUGCCAGUAAAUUUAAGCAAGCUAUGUACCUAAAUCCGCGACUUAUAAAGUCGUGCGAGUUGAUAUUUCCUUUUCUAGAUAAUAAAGGAGCUUUUGAUGCCUAGUAUUCAAAAUUAAAUAA